UAAACCAACAACGACUUCAUCCCUAUUCUCCGAUUUCUCUUUACACAAACAAAUUUUCGUUCAACGAAAAUCAAAAAGCCUACAAAUUGCCACCACCCCCAAAUUUAAAGUACCCUUCAUUCCUUCAUCAUUUCAAUAAAUCUUCAGCAAUCGAGCGUUCAUCUCUGCGCGAUACAAUUUAUAAAUUGAAAUUAAAGAAUGGGUUUUUCCAGAAUCGGCACCUCCUUAACGCGUUCCAGGAAUAUUAUUGAUAGGGCUAGUAAAGCCGGCAGGAUACCCUACUUAUGGAACAAACCUAAUUUUGGAGGUUUAAACGCAAUUAAUCGAUUGGAUGAAAGUAUAAAUCAAUUCGACGGAAAAAUACAGUUUCUGAGGGGUUAUAUAGCCACAGUUGGAGCUAGUAAAGGAUCGCCGCUUCCUCGGAAUUCCUUUUCAGAUUUUACUGCGUAUCCCAGAAUUAGUAGAUUUUUCUCCAGUGAAGCGCCAAAGAAGAAGAAUUAUGAAAAUUUCUCACCGAAAGAGAACAAGGGAGUUCCAGAGCAGAAUGAGCAGAAAACCGGGUCCAAAGAGGAAGGAAAUACAGAUGGUCAGGGCUAUUUCCGAGACCUUUUUUCCAAGAAUCUGCAAAAUAUAGUCACCUCUUUACUGGUGAUUGGGUUGUUCAUUUCAGCACUUUCAUCGACGCCCCGAGAAGGGGAACAGAUUAGUUUUCAAGAAUUCAAAAACAAGCUUCUCGAGCCAGGUUUAGUAGACCAUAUAGUUGUUACCAAUAAAUCCGUCGCUAAAAUAUACAUGAGAAGCUCACCGAAGAAUCAAAGCCAUGGCAAAACCGCAGAAUCUGAAUUCGAAACACCAGUUAGCGGCACCCAUGAAAGAGCAAAAGACAGUCAGUAUAAAUACUAUUUUAAUAUUGGAAGUGUCGAAUCUUUUGAAGAUAAGCUGGAAGAAGCCCAAGAAGCAUUGGGGAUAGAUACACAUGAUUUUGUGCCGGUUACUUACGUUUCUGAAAUGGCUUGGUUUCAAGAGUUAAUGAGAUUCGCUCCGACACUUUUGUUGUUGGGAACACUUUUCUUCGCCGGUCGGAAAAUGCAAGGCGGACUUGGUGUUGGAGGUCCUGGUGGAAAUGGGGCCCGCGGAAUAUUCAACAUUGGAAAAGCUCCCAUUACAAAGAUGGAUAAGAAUGCGAAGAAGGUUUAUUUCAAAGAUGUUGCCGGCUGUGAUGAAGCAAAGCAGGAGAUAAUGGAGUUUGUUCAUUUCCUAAAGAACCCUAAGAAGUAUGAGCUGUUGGGGGCCAAAAUCCCCAAAGGGGCUCUAUUAGUUGGCCCCCCCGGGACUGGUAAAACACUUCUAGCAAAAGCAACUGCGGGUGAAUCUGGUGUGCCUUUUCUAACCAUAUCUGGUUCCGAUUUCAUGGAGAUGUUUGUUGGUGUGGGUGCUUCAAGGGUUAGAAGUUUGUUCCAAGAGGCAAGGCAAUGUGCACCUAGCAUUGUAUUCAUCGAUGAAAUCGAUGCAAUUGGUCGAGCAAGAGGGCGUGGUGGUCUUUCUGGUUCGAAUGACGAGCGCGAGAGCACUCUUAAUCAGUUGCUUGUGGAAAUGGAUGGAUUCGCAACUACUGCUGGUGUCGUUGUUCUUGCUGGAACUAAUAGACCCGAUAUUUUAGACAAAGCCUUGCUUAGGCCUGGUCGAUUUGACCGGCAAAUUAGUAUAGAUGUACCUGAUAUUAAAGGCCGUGAGCAAAUAUUUCAGGUCUAUCUGAAGAAGAUCACACUUGAACACGAGCCUGUGUAUUUCUCUCAGAGACUUGCUGCCCUCACUCCUGGAUUUGCUGGUGCGGAUAUUGCGAAUGUUUGCAAUGAAGCUGCUUUAAUUGCUGCAAGGGGUGGCGAAAUUAUGGUGAAAAUGGAGCACUUUGAUUCGGCUAUUGACAGGAUAAUUGGUGGUCUUGAGAAGAAAAAUAAGGUUAUAAGUAAACUGGAACGAAGAACUGUAGCAUACCAUGAGUCAGGCCAUGCUGUAGUUGGGUGGUUAUUAGAACAUGCAGAUCCGUUGUUGAAGGUAACUAUCGUACCUCGUGGUACUGCUGCUCUUGGCUUUGCGCAAUACGUUCCCAGCGAAAACCUUCUCAUGACUAAAGAGCAGCUCUUUGAUAUGACCUGCAUGACUCUCGGUGGCCGUGCCGCCGAACAGGUAUUGUUGGGAAAAAUAUCAACUGGAGCGCAGAAUGAUUUGGAGAAAGUGACGAAAAUGACGUACGCUCAAGUGGCGGUGUACGGUUUUAGUGAAAAAGUGGGACUUCUCUCCUUCCCUCAGAGGGAAGAUGGAUACGAGAUGAUGAAACCAUACAGCAGCAAAACAGCUGCUAUAAUCGACACUGAAGUGCGUGAAUGGGCUGCAAAGGCGUAUAAACGGACAGUGGAAUUGAUAGAGGAACACAAAGAGCAAGUGGCUCAAAUUGCCGAGUUGUUGCUUGAAAAGGAAACUCUUCAUCAAGAGGACUUAGUACAGGUACUCGGUCCACGACCUUUCCAGUCAUCUGAAAUGACUAAUUAUGACAGAUACAAGAAAGGAUUUCAAGAUGAAGCCGCCGAAGAAGCUGUUGUACUACCUGAAGUUGUGCCCGUGUAGUACUUAGUACCCGAUGAUGAUCAAUUGUUUUUUUUUUCUUCUUUUUUUUGUUGGAAUUUUGUCGUUUUCUUGAAGUGUAUAAUAUCGAUUUAUUUAGGGUUUCGGAAUUGUUGACAGACAAGACAACCGGAGACUGACUUUGUAUAUUGGUUGUAGUCGAUGCAAUUCUUGGUUGUAUGUACGUACACUACGAAAAAUUCCUUCCUGAAGUGGAUGUUGAGUUCCAUUUGCUAUUUGAUGGAAUGAACUUGUACUGUUAGUUGAAUAGUUUUUUUCUGGUGAACUCGUUUUAAAA